AUGAAUUUCCACCUCUCGGCAUUAGAGAGGCAAAUCUUUGACUUCCUUGGCUUCCAGUGGGCACCAAUUCUUGGAAAUUUUCUACAUAUAAUAGUCGUCAUAUUGGGUUUGUUUGGAACCAUUCAGUACAGACCUCGAUAUAUCGUGGUGUACACAGUAUGGAGUGCCCUCUGGGUCACCUGGAAUGUGUUCAUUAUCUGCUUUUAUUUGGAAGUAGGUGGGCUCUCUAAGGACACAGAUCUGAUGACAUUCAACAUUUCUGUACACCGGUCGUGGUGGCGGGAACACGGGCCUGGCUGUGUCCGAAGAGUGCUGCCUCCGUCAGCCCACGGCAUGAUGGACGACUACACGUAUGUCUCCGUCACAGGCUGCAUCGUCGACUUCCAGUACCUAGAGGUCAUCCACAGCGCUGUCCAGAUACUUCUCUCUUUGGUUGGUUUUGUGUAUGCCUGUUAUGUGAUCAGUAUUUUCAUGGAAGAAGAGGACACCUUUGAUUUCAUAGGUGGACUUGAUGUACACUCCUACUACCAGGAUCAUGUUGAGUUAAAGCCUGUUAACCUGUCGAAAUAAGUAAUGACACUGACUCUGAAACACGGCUGCUGAACUUGAGUUAGGAAGCAAAGCACCACCGAGAGCACCUCUCUGCAGUGACACGCCUCACUUCCUCCCAGAGGACGGACUGCGCCUCCCCACUUCCCCACGAAUCACGGAUUUCUUGGGUCACAGCCUAUGUAUUAUUAGCAUUGUUCGCUAGACAAGUUGUAGGUGACCGGGUGGGUAUUUUUUAAGUCAUUUUCUUCUUAUAUGAAUACUUGUAAAUUAUUUUUAAAAAUUGGUCUUUCAUUUUUAACAAUAUUUAAUGUGAGGCAUGCAAAACAAAAACAUUUUGUGAAAACCUUUUACAGUCAAUUCUAAGAGAAGUAACUGGCUUUUGUAUUGAGGUGGUAAAUCUGUAUUGCUGAUGACCUCAGUGAUCCAAUGCCUGAUGGAGUUUGCAUUAACAGACAUUACCAGGGGCUACCCAAUGUGAGGCUAGAUGCGGUGACAGCUGACAAAUGGGUACAAACAGUGGAUCCAGCUUUCGGACCGACCGUGGGUCAUUUUUUCAACACCACAAGACAAAACACGAAGUCCGCCUUUGUUCUCAACUUUCCCAAAUGCAGAACAACAUUCCGUCAAUCUCAACUCUCAGAUUCAUGCAUAUCAUCUUGUUCUUCCUGUGUUCUGAAAAGAACAUACCA